AUGUCAGUGGAACAAGCCAUGCUGAUGUCAGAGAUUUCUCCUCGGCUCUCCACGGUGGGAGGAUCUCUGUGCGUUGAGUCACGCAGCUGUCAAAGAUAGCUGUCACCCAGUUUCACGAUCAAACACACAGUCAAUGAGAAAAGGGGCUUUGAGCCGAAGGGACGCGGAGAUCGCAGGUAACCCUCAAGUCUCCAAAAACGAGGAAAGGAGACACGCAGAAAUAAAAAAAAAAACAACAACAACAAGAGUUUGGAUGAUUUUCCCCCCCUCCUCGGAUAUUCGGAUACACGCUGGGGAUAUAAAAGAAAAGAUUUUCUUCUGCGCCUGACGAGGAAUAAGUGGGACAUUUUCGCACGGAGAUGAAGGCGAAAAAAGGUUUGAUGAUGCUGUCUGGCAGCGAGACGGACGACGAAGACAGCGUGGACGCCCCCCUGGACCUGUCGUCCAGCGCCGGGAGCAACGGGAAGAGGAAGCGGCGAGGGAAUCUGCCCAAGGAGUCGGUUCAGAUCCUCAGGGACUGGCUGUACGAGCACCGUUACAACGCUUACCCAUCCGAGCAGGAGAAAGCCCUCCUCUCCAAGCAGACUCAGCUCUCCACACUGCAGGUGUGCAACUGGUUCAUUAAUGCGCGGCGGCGACUUCUCCCAGAGAUGCUGAGGAAAGAUGGCAAAGACCCAAAUCAGUUCACAAUCUCCAGGAAAGGCAGCAAGGCCGGUGACAGCUUCUCUGACAGCUCCCAGUCGCCAAAACACAGCAGCCCUGCAGCAGGUACGGAGGAGAGCUAUGACAAGCGCGUCCUCCACCCCUCCAGCUUCGAACCUGCCGUGCCCGGCGUCCUGAGGAAGGCGAUGUCCCCCUCCAUACCUUCCCCAACCUCCACGUCCCCCUCUCCAGGGCUCGUGCCCACCCGGCCUUCCGUCAUCUGUCACACCACUGUCACCGCAGCAAUGCAAGCCAGCCCGACAGCCUCCCACCCGUCUGCGCUGGGAAUGAACUGUGAGAGGGCGGCCGAGCUGCUGCAGUCCGUACAGGCUCAAGCGCUGCUCCGGUGCCGGGAUGAAGGGCCGGGCGGCCAGCCGCUCCCCACCACUACCACCAUCCUCAGCAGCACCAGCAUGGAGGGCAACCUGAGCCCCCGCAGCGGGCUGUUCAACACCCCUCCUCCCACCCCUCCAGACCUCACACAAGACUUCAGCGGCUUCCAGCUCCUGGUGGACGUGGCCCUGAAACGGGCUGCAGAGAUGGAGCUGCAAGCCAAACAGCUGGUCUCCUAAAGGAGAAAGUGACACAAGUGGAGAGACUGACUUUGUGUCUCGACUCCUCAGUUCAGUUGACUUUGUCUGCACGUAAACAGAGAACAAAUCCACACGAAAAGCCUGAUCAUUUCUAUUUUUGGUAUACCAAUCAAUAUGAUGAGGAUGUUUUUUAUUGAGAAAAAAAAAACUGUAUCAAGGUGCCUUGGCUGUAAGUUGUUUAUUCAUUUCAUAUACAUGCGUAUGUAUCUACAUGUGUAUUUUAUUUGCACACAGGGACCAAAAAUGUUAUUAGAAAAAUGCUGCCUGUCUUUAUGUCUUUCCAUUAUACUGUAUAUCAUUGUAGAGAAUGGAGUCUUCCUUCACGGACCAAUCAGACGGAUUGGUCGCACCCACACACGUUUACUGUUUAACAUUUCAGAGAUCAGUUCAUGAUUGGUCUGCCUUGUUUGUUUGCACACUAAAGGCAGAAGAAGGUCAUCUCAGUGUCUUAAACAUACGUUUCUCUUGGCAUCUAUGACAAACUUAUUCACUACUGUAGUAAAUGUUUGUGUUUCAUGAGUAUAGUUUUGAUUUUGUAAUUUACUUUUAGCUAUUUUAAAGAAAAAAACCUCUAUGCUUUUUUUUUUUUUUUUUUUACUCUUAUUUCCCCAACAAGGGAUAUUUCAGAUGACCAAUGUAGCAGGUUCUUAGUCUGAGCCUUCAUCCCAUCACUCAGCGAAAACGAACGGCCAGUGGACUGGAAAAUGAAACACUACAGAUGUCUUUUUCUGCAUUUGCUGUUUUACAACCUGACAAAAAAAACAGCUUUUUUUGAAAUCACCAAAAAGCAUUUUCAUGUAUAAUAGGACCAUGUGUAUAGUUAAUGUGACAUGAUGCCCAAUGAUGUGAUUUCUUUUCAUACUGUGCAAUGUUUGUGGCAAAAAGGGGUCACAUGGGAUUCAAAUAAAGUUUUGUUUUUCUACA